AUUUAGAUGUCUAAAUUUAAAAAUUUUGAAACGAUUCUUUCAACAUGAGGUCUUUCCUUUGGUUUGUUUGGCUGCUAAACGUGAUCGAGAGUGUCCCAACGAAUUCCUUUUAUGAUACACGGGUGAUCAACGGACAAGAUGCUGUUUUGGGUCAGUUUCCUUGGCAGGUUGGAAUACAAGCUCGCUCUUUUAACAUCACAUCAAAUCGUCUAUGUAGUGGAGCCCUUCUCAAUCAAGAAUGGGUCCUAACAGCUGCUCACUGCGUCAAUGGGGCUGACAACAUAGUACUACAUGCUGCCACUAUAAGCAACUUGAAGACUGAUGGUAUUCUACAAUUCUCGAAACAGUUGAUAGUGCAUGACGGUUUCCUUCUGAACGACAUUGCCUUAGUUCAGUUCGAAACUCCUAUCAGUUUUAACGAAAAUGUUAGUGCUAUUGCACUAUCCGACGACGAAUUGGCAGCUGAUACUUUAGUAACCGUUGCUGGUUGGGGUCAUUCCAAUCAUGAUGAUUUAGACAACAACACAUAUAUUUUACAGUAUGGUACAGUUUCUACCAUCGAUAACACAGAGUGUCAAAAAAUUUAUGGGUCUGAUGUAGUUCGACCAGGCGUGGUUUGCACGGUCGAUGGACCGUCUGGAGAAAGUCCGUGUUAUGGGGAUGGUGGAGCACCACUUGUACUGGAUGCGGAUGGUGAUGCAGUACUCGUGGGUAUUCUAAGUUUUCUCAGUGGUGUGGAAUGUGGGGGCGAAUAUCCUUCUAGAUUUACAAGAGUUGCUUCGUACAGAGACUGGAUCAAAGAAAAAAUAAAUAUCUAGUUAUAGAGUUGCUGUUUUUUUAAUAAAAAAGUGUCUUUUUUUCCGUAA